AUGAUUAUCACUUUAGCAAUUUCAAGAAUACCGCAGCAAUGGCCAAAUGUGGAGAAGGCAACUAAAUGGCAAGACAAUGUAGAAAUUGAUGGUCUAACAACAAAUGGUGUGCUAAUAAUGCAUCCGAAAGGUCAAUUUUGCGGUGGUAAUGCUAAGUGUGGUCUAUGGCGUGAGUGUUCUGUGGGUGGUGAUGUGUUCAGUUUGCGUGAGUCAAGAUCGGCACAACAAAAGGGUCAACCGAUAUACGAUGAAUCGAAUGUACUGCAAGAUGGUACUUUAAUAGAUUUAUGUGGUGCUACAUUAUUAUGGCGUUCUGCAGAGGGUUUACAACAUUCACCGACAAAACGUGAUUUAGAAAAAUUGAUUGAUGAAAUUAAUGCUGGUCGUCCACAGUGUCCUGUUGGUUUGAAUACUUUAGUUAUACCUAGAAAAGUGAAUAUUGGUGAUCAAAUAAAUCAACCUUAUGUGUACUUAAAUUGUGGACAUGUACAGGGUCAUCAUGAUUGGGGACAGGAUAAAAGUACAGGUGCACGUCGUUGUCCAAUGUGCCUAGAAGUUGGUCCUGUUGUUACAUUAUGCAUGGGUCUUGAACCUGCAUUUUAUGUUGAUGUGGGUGCUCCUACAUUUGCAUUUAAUCCAUGUGGUCACAUGGCGACUGAAAAAACUGUCAAAUAUUGGGCUAAUGUUGAUAUACCACAUGGUACAAAUGGCUUUCAGGCAGUUUGUCCAUUUUGUGCGACGCCACUUGAUGGUUCUUCUGGUUAUAUCAAAUUAAUAUUUCAGGAUAAUUUAGAUUAAAUAUAUUAGGUCUUU